GAAGCCAAUUCACUCUCUCUUAAGUCAAUUUCAUCAAUCUCUUCAAAUCCAAAAAUUUAGGGUUUGAAAAUCUUCUUCUUCCACCAUGAAUACAGAUAGUGGGGUGAUCCUAGAAGUUACUACAAACGCAAUGCUCCUACCACCACAUCGAGGGUUUGAAAACAAAGUGUUCGUUUGUCUACACAAUGUGGUCAACGAGUUAGCUGAAGAUCAAAACGGUAUCGUAACGUAUUUGGGAACGUUCCCGGAUCCACAUAUGUCUAAAAUCGAACUAAAACCAUCAUGUUUCUGUUCACAUCACAUCUCUCAACACCUUGACGAGUUCUUCACAGAUACUCGGUUUUGUCGUAUGUUGAGUGAAAAAAUUGCUGUGGAUUGUGCUUCUCUUCCUCAACCUUUUAGUGUGACCGUUUACGUGAAAGUGAUAAGAGAUGUUCGAGUUACGUUAUCGUCUAUUGUUGUUCGGUCGAAAGAUAUGUUUCAAAGAUUGCUUGAGGAACAAACAGUGGAAUUGACUGGUUUGGGAGAUGAAGAAGAAACGACUUGUUCGAUUUGUAUGGAGGAGUUUUCGGAGAGUCGAGAUGAUAACAUCAUUCUGUUGCCUGACUGUUUCCAUUUGUUCCAUCAAAGUUGUAUCUUUGAGUGGCUUAAGCGACAGAGGUCGUGUCCUUUGUGUCGACGAGUCCCGUACGAGGAGGAUCAUGAAACAGAGUGAAGUCUUAACAGAGACGUGAUGAUUAGGUUAGGGUUUAUGAUGCUUUGAUGUUUCUAUGUAUCAAACAUUUGCUUUGAUGUAUUAUUUGUUGGCAACUGGUAACUUUUGUUAUAAACCUAAUCUUUUGUU